AUGUCUGAAGAAGACAUUCAACAGUGGAAUAUUGACUUGCACGGUAAAUCUCCUGAAGAAAUUAUUCGUUGGUCAUUAAAUCGAUUCGGAUCUGACAAAUCAAUUGUAUCGACGAGUUUCAGGCCAUAUACUGCAGUUUUUCUUCACAUUGUCACGCAAAUCAAUCCAUUCAUUCCAAUUCUCUGGAUUGAUCAUGGUUACAAUCGUGCAUCAACGUAUAAAUAUGCUGACAAGAUUCAACAACUUCUCAAUUUGAAUCUUCAAGUUUAUUCUCCUCGAUUAACUGCUGCUCGUCGCGACGCUCUCUUCGGUCCAUUACCGAUUAAUCUUGACAAUGAAUCUGCUUUACGAGAAUUCAGUGCGUUAAUGAAACUAGAACCCUUUUCACGUGCUAUGAAGGAAUUGAAACCUCAAGUUUGGUUCACUGGCAUUCGUCGUACAGAGAAUUCUCAUCGAAAAUCGUUCGAUACUAUUUCAUUUGAUUCCACAUUUCAUGUUUUCAAAAUUAAUCCUUUAUUCUAUUGGACCGAUGAACAAAUGAGCUCGUACCUUAUCGAACAUAAUCUCCCCAAUGAAUUGGACUAUUUCGAUCCAGCAAAAGGGGACGAUCAGAGAGAAUGUGGUCUACACACGUCAUGGGCUAAAAAAUAUAUCUAUAAACAGUGA